GCCGUAAACAAAACAACUUCAACUUCGCAACCAAACGUUCCAAAGGCGCACUUUUCAGUGCGCUUUAACUUUACUCGCGCUCUAAAAUGGUUUGCGAAAAGUGUGAAAAGAAGCUGGGCAAGGUGAUCACUCCCGAUCCAUGGAAGGCGGGUGCCAGAAACACCACCGAGGGUGGCGGUAGAAAGAUCAACGAGAACAAAGCACUUUCAAGCGCCAAGCUACGAUACAAUCCCAUGGCUGGAAACUUCGCACCCUGCCGAAUAUGCAAGCAGAAAAUUCACCAAGCCGGAUCACAUUACUGUCAGCAGUGCGCGUACAAAAAGGGAAUCUGUGCGAUGUGCGGCAAGAAGCUGUUGGAUGUGAAAAAUUAUCGACAAUCGUCUACGUAGAAACGAGCAUUCACGUACACGCACACACGCGAUCGGAUGUCCAUCUACUCUGCAUUCACACUUGAUGGAGAUAAUUUUACCUCUGUAUAUUUAUGACUCACUGUACUCUUGGCCGAUGAAAUGCAAUCUGUUUCGAAACGGGUUCAAACUACA